AUGGCUCCAAGCGGCUACCCCGUACUCCCGGAGAAGCUUCUCCUCAUUUCGCUGAAGAUGUACUUUACCCCGGAGCGCACUCUAAAUUAUCUUCGCGCCCUCCUAGCUCCCGACAUCGUCAAACCCGCCAACCGCGAGAAGAUCCUCCUCGCUCUAAUUCCAGACUUUCUAACGAUCUGGCCCUGCGCCGAGAUCCUCAAAGAAUAUGAGAACCAACUCGUUGCAUCGGGAAUCUCUGCCUCCCCACCACCGCUCCUUCUCGGUGCCCAGGACUGCAUGUGGGAGGAGAACGGCGCCUACACAGGUGAAGUCUCCCCAGCCUCCAUCCGCGCUCUGGGCUGCUCAAUCGUCGAGCUAGGCCACGCAGAACGUCGCGCUAUCUUCGGCGAAACAGAUGAGCAGACAGCUCGUAAGGCUGCUGCGGCCUGUGCACAGGGUAUGGUGCCGCUUGUUUGUGUUGGCGAGAUCACUGCCCCGGGCGCGGUUGCUUCAGAAGCUGUCGGACAAGCUGUUGCAGAGUGUGCUGUGCUCGUACGCGCCGUAUUAGCUGCUAUCCCUGCGGAUGCGCCGGUCAUUUUUGCCUACGAGCCUGUUUGGGCUAUUGGAAAGCCUAAGCCUGCUGGGGUGGACCACGUUGCUGCGGUUGUGGAGGGAAUUCGGGGUGUGGUGGGACCCCGCACUGCCCGCAUUCUCUACGGUGGGAGCGCUGGACCCGGUCUCUGGGGCGCUGGUGGACUCGGCAAAGCAGUAGAUGGAAUGUUCCUUGGACGCUUUGCGCAUGAGACUGAUGGUGUGCGGAAAAUCGUUGCCGAAGUGGAGGAGAGCUUAGGCAUUGCCUAA